CGGGGACUCUACGGAGCCGGGGGCGCCCCGCAUGGGCAGGGGCCUGGGUUCGCCUCGGUCUGAGUCCGGGGAGGGGGCGCUGGGAGAGACGCCGGGCGGCCGCCGGGGCCGGCUCCACCUCCCGCGCUCCCCGCCGCUUCGCCCCUUCAGGGCAGGGCCUGCCCGCUCCCAGCCCGGCUGGCCGAGCGCGGCCGCGCCCCCAGCUUCGGGCGCCCGGGCUCCCGCGCGGCGGCGGGGCAGCGGCAGUCCGGCCCGGCCGAGCACAGAGCGCGGAGGCGGCGGGGGGGGGCUGCAGCCGGCCUCGGCGACCCCUCCCCCCGGGCCUGCGCCGCCCGCCCGCGGCUCCGCGCUGGGGGGGACCGCGAGCCCGGGCCGGGCUCCGAGCGGGGGCGGGGCCGGCGCCCACCUCGGCGCCCGCCCCCACCCCGUGACGGCGCGGCUGGCCAAUGGCAGGAGCCUCAGCCGCGCGGACCGAGAGGCCGCCCCCGCCUAGGCCCCGCCCCCCCCGGCGAGGCUCCUCCUUUCUACUUUUUCAGCUCGCUCACACGCAGGCGGAAGCAACACCCGGAGCCGGGAUUCUGGCCGGGGUCGGGACGAAAGCGUGGAAGCUGGGAGCUCCCCGCCCUUCUCCCCCCACCCCGGCCGCUCCCGGCCGCCUCGGGCUUGGCGAGCCUCGCGGAAAGAGGGGGAAGGGAAGCGGGACGGGUCCGCAGCUGCUGCCGUAGAGACUCUUGCAGGCUCGCAAGGCCGUGCAGACUGCCCACUCUUCCUUGUACAAAACAGCCGUCGUGGGAAGUAGGAAGUUUCCCCGCCUCCACUUCUACUCGGGUCGCCGCUUCUCUCGAAGGUGGGCAGAGUAUGGGACAGGCUGAGGCUGCCAGAAGCCACGUUGAAGGGCUUUGACAGCAUCAUUUGGGGCCACGUAUUCAAGAAUCCGGUCCAAGGCUUCUUAUUCUUCGGGGAAACUGCAUUUUUUGCCCCCCCCCGCCCCCAACACACACACCCCAGGCACGCACAGCACGCCCCCUCCCUGUUACGAUUUCAUUCUUUCUCUUCCCUCCCGGCACAAGAACCCUGACCUCAAUAUCCCAUUGAAUGGACUUCCAGCCUCCCAAUUCUAAAGACGAGGGUGGGGCGCCGAGAGUCCCCUAUAGGUGGGAGUGAGUGAAAUUGGCUGGGCAAAGGGGCAGGGGGUGUGACAGUGGCUGGAAGGAGGAGGCCUGGAGAGAAAACCCAGAGGAGGAGAAAGCAGAGGCAGGGAGAGAAGGAGGACGCAGAGGGAUGGACAACUCUGGGAGACCGGAGCUCCGGCGCGUAAUCCAGCUCCCGGGAUUUUGGUCAGCUCGGUCCCAGGGCUUCUGGGGUCCCCUUCCCCCCGGGCCCCCACCUCUCCCCAGCCGGGCGGGCCGCCGGCUUUCUUAGCCCUUGGUCUCAGAGGAGGCAGCGGGAAGCCCACCCUAGCGCUUGGAAGGAGCAGGGGAAGGAUGCAAAAAGAGAAAGUGCAAGGGUGGUGAAGCGAGGGGGUGCGUAAGAAAAGGACGCCGAGCUCGGGCUGCCGCGCUGACCCAAGUGCUUCGGAGACUCGUCCCUCGCUCACCCUCCGGACCUGGCUCCUGCCUAAAUAACCCGGCUCACGGCCUUUAGCUUGACCCAGCCGGGUUCCUUCCCCCAUCCGCUCUCUUCCAGCCCCUUUAAGCAACGACUCCCCAACCCACACCCCCACCCCCCAACUACCCCACCACCACCACCACCAUCCGCUCUUCCCCGGCUCUGGAGCGCUGUUUACCUAAUCUCAGUGGCACACCGAGCCGAGGAGAACGCCAAAAGAAGGUAGCGUUUGCACAACAGCGUCCCCGGCGAAGAAGUAAAAAACGUUUGCAUUGGAGCUUCGGGAUAAGUUAACUGCGAAGCUGGGGUCCUGCUGUCCUAUCUCGGCGGGGAUGAGGCUUGCCCUGCACGUUUGCAGGGACAGGAGAUCUUAUCUGGUUUUGAUGCCAUUACCGUGUCGGAGAAGAACGUUAUGUGAUAAAAUAUUAUCUAAUAUCCUAGAGACCAUUAAAGUGUCAAAGUUUAAUGCCAAGCCUUUUAGCUCCAAAGCUGCUCCUUUCUUCCU